AUGAAUCUUGAAAAUCUUGACACAUUAAACUCUUUUGGAACUGACGAUAAACAAGGAACUGAGAAUCGUGAAGAUUUAAAUAGUCGAGCUAGUGGAACAAAAACAAAUGGAGGUGAUAGUAGUGAUAAUGAAGCUAAAAGUAGUGUUAAUGAUAAAGGGAUUAAACGGAGUGCAGGUGGAGACAUUGCUCCAACAACAAGGCAUUAUAGAAGUGUGUCAAUGGAUAGUUUUAUGGGGAGGAUGAACUUUGCUGAAGAAUCACCUAAGCUUCCUCCUUCUCCUGGAGGGAAUAUUGGUCAAUUAUCCCCAAAUAAUUCAAUCGACUCAAAUUCAAAUACAAAUACGUUUAUUUUGGAGUUUGGAAAUGGUGAGUUUACAGGGGUUAAGCUCAAGAAAAUCAUGGCUAAUGAGAAACUUGCAGAGAUUGCUUUAUCUGAUCCCAAACGAGCCAAAAGGAUUUUGGCAAAUCGACAAUCUGCUGCAAGAUCAAAAGAGAGGAAAAUGUGUUACAUUACAGAAUUGGAGCACAAGUUUGGUUAUGCAAAAGUAGAUCGACGAGGUCUUAUUAUGCUGACAUUUCGGCCUGCUAUUGGUGAGCGCAAAUGUGAUUCAGAAAAAGAAACAGUGACAGAAGUUGGAUCAUUCAUAAGUUUAGGUCCAGGAGAUUCUUGUGAAUUCUUCCAUGAUCCAUUAAUACAAUCGAGUGCAGCUUUCAGUGUAUGUGUUGGCGACUCUGUUGCUGCUGAGGUUAGAAGAUCACUCAUCCGUAACAUUGAUUGGGUCAUUUCUCUUGGAAAUGCUUUUGCAAAGCAGUAUGAGCUUUAUACAAAUGAUGAUGAGCAUUCUGCACUACUUCACAGCUUUCUAAAUGCAGGCUUGUUUUGGUGCUGGAUUAAGUGGAGUUCUGGCUUGGUGUGUGCGAGUGGGAAUGAACCAACCCAAUGCCCCCGGAGUUCUGGCACCUUCCAUCUUUACUUCCUAUGUAUCCAGGGUCUUGUUCAAUGCUUUAGCUGUGUUUGCUCUAAGGGAGAUCAACUUAUCAAAUGUAACCUUCUCAACAACAACAUUCUACUUAAGAAGGUGAGUAAUCAAGAUUAA